AACGUCUUUGCGCAUCAUACCAAUUUUAUACACUAUAUUUUUUAAAUUUUUAACUAACUCUUAGAUUUAGGUUUACACAACAUAUGUUCUACUGCCACAGAAAGAUGUUACGACUUUUUUCAAGUAGUUUAUACUGCCAAUGAUGUUGCUAUCUAUUUUAGACUGCCAAUGAUGUUGCUAUCUACUUUAGACUGCCAAUGAUGUUGCUAUCUACUUUAGACUGCCAAUGAUGUUGCUGAUAAAAAUACUUUCUUUCCUACUGACACUGCUGCUCCUCCGUCCUGGAGCCGCCAAAACUGUGGUCCAGUGUACGUAUUCCUCCAAGCCCAUGGGCUCGCUUGACAGCGUGAGAAACAACUACCUCUACCACCGCGGGGAGCUUCCCAACUACAUGGAUGAGACCUACAACCCGGAAGCCAUAGACCAAUACGAAGACUGCGGCACCAACAACUACCCGAGGAUGUUCGAGGAGAACAUCAUCAGCGGCUUGGUUGCGCAGGACGGCGCCUUCCCGUGGAUGGCCCUGUACCAGGUGGACGAUAAGGUCUGCGGCGGGGCCCUCAUCAGCCAGCAGUGGGUCCUUACGGCGGCCGCCUGCCUGGUGUCCCGUAAACCCGGGAAGGUGAUCCUAGGCCAGACCCAGCUGCACGCACACGACGCCGUCACCAUCGAUGUGGACUUCACCAUCCGCCAAGACGACUACAACAACAUCACCCGGCAAGCGAACCUCGCGCUGCUGAAGCUGAAGAAAAAAGUCCACUACACGGAUAAAAUCAAACCCAUCUGCAUGCUAGCAGACAGCCUGAUGGACGCCACACCCUGUUACGUCAGCGGCUGGGGCAUCACCAGCCACAAGAAGCGACAGUCACCCAGGCUGCAGUACCUGAAGGUGACCAAACUGGACCAGUACCUGUGCUUCUUUCUGUGGCAGGUGGUGGCCAACGGCGAUGUGGACGACCAAAACAUUUGCCUGGACCUGCUCUCAAAUACCGACCUGUGCUACGGGGACGUCGGCUCCCCCCUGGUCUGCGCCCUGAGCAACAAGUUCUACCUCACGGGCGUCGUCUCCUACGGGGACAAGAAAUGUCACGGUGACAUUCUCCCCCCUGUUACUACGGCCGUCUACCCAUUUCUAGAGUGGAUCACUGAAAAAGUCAACAGAUACAGUUAGGAUCACUGAGAAAGUCCACAGAUACAGUUAGCCUUUUGGAGAACUGGACAAUGUAGUCUUGGUCAACCUGCUGUCUUUUAGUUUUCACACAUUGUCCUCUCAUUUGACAUUUUCUCAUCUGUGGGGUAAUUUAUAACAUGUUGUCUUCCAGUAUAAAAUUAGGUCCUUUAUGUUGUCAUUUGCUCCUGUGAUAUUUUAUAACAUUUUGUCCUCCAAUAUAUUAUUAGGUCCUCCUAGAUAACAUUUUGUUCAUCUUGUAACUAGUCUCCAUCGUAUAUACAAAAUGUCCUUCAGAGUAAUCUUUUGAUUAACAAGAUAAUGAUAAAUCCUUACUGUAAAACCCUGUAUGUUUAUACACGGAAGAAUCGAUACGAGUACUGUAUAAUCGCUGAGGAAUCGAUUACAAUUUUAUUUUGGCAACUUACACGCAGUAGAAUCCACACACUUUAGUUGUGUAGAGGCUAUAAGAGGAGUCGAUAUACUUUUAGACAGGUAAAAACAAUCCCAGAACAAGAUAUCUCACGGACAUAUUAUCCCAUGACAAAUGAUCUCAGGGGCAAAUUAUCCCACGACAAAUUAAUGAUCUCAGGGCAAAUUAUCCCAGAAAAAAAUCUCACGGACAAAGAAUACCAAAGAAAAUAUUUUACCUCUAAAUAGACAGUACUUAAGAUUAUUUUAUUUGGUUUUUUUUAAAAUGUAUGAUUUGAAAAAAAAUGUUUUUACACAUAAUAACGGACUCUGACUGGUCAGAUUUUAGCUUAAAAUUUCCAAACAUCUUGGCCUCUGUUGCUACUUUUCGACUUUUGGAGCACUUCUAUACAUCCUAAUCUCUUUACUUUUGGAAAUAAAAUACU